AUGGCCAUUUUUCUACUAGUGAUAUGGACCCGUUUUGCUAUGAUGUGCAAAGUUCGGGUGCUCACGCUUCAUAUCCUUGACGAUGGUUACCUCGCUCUAGACGACCUGCCUCUUGUCUCUCGGCAUCUAGGAACAUUGGACCUUCAAAGUGUAGCCCUACAAAAGGCCUUGCUUGAUUUUGCUAGCUGUCCAGCAUUGAAGGAUCUGAAGAUGAAUGAUUGUGAAAUCAAUGCUGAUAGGAUAUCAUCUCUUUCCCUAAAGCAUUUGAGCAUCACUUUCUGCCGCACUGUCUCAGAUUGCCGGGUCCGUAUUUCUGCUCCCGGCCUCAUGUCUCUAAAACUAGAAGGCUUUAUUGGUGUGACCCCUUUUCUUGAAGACAUGGGUUUGCUAGAAGCCGCAUGUGUUAAUCUUGGCGAUGGAUGCAAAGAUGUCUGUUUGAAUUAUGACUCUGGUGUUUUCUGUGGAGCUAAUGAUAAUACAUGUAAGAAUUGUGUUCCUAUUAGUGAUGACUGCAGCACAAAUUGUGUGCUUCUGGGUGGUAUCUCAAGUGCUAAACACCUCAAGUUGAUGUCUGAAAUAGGAAAGUUCAUUUUCACAAGAGAUCUGAAACACUGCCCUGCAUUUAGUAAGUUAAAGACAUUAGUACUCAAUGAGUAUUGGUGUGAGGCUCCUGACUUGGAUCCACUAGCAUGCAUUCUGAAAAGCUCGCCACUUCUAGAGAACUCACUCUUCAACUAUUUUCGGAAGGGACCAAAUCAUGAAGUGGAAAUGAAAGGAAGCUACUACUGUUGCAUGGAGAGACCGUCAGCAAUAUCAGAGCACCUUAACAUAGUUGAGGUCAAGUGUAAUGUGGCGGACAAGAGGAUUCUCAAAAUUUUGAGGUUCCUGUGUGCAUUUAACAUACGUAAGCUAAUUAAUAACACUUUGCAUAUACUGUGUAUUGUGAAAUUAGCUUUCAUAUGUCUGGAAGAAACUAAUAGAGUACACAGUGAAUAA